AUGGCAAUUCCCGGCGUUACGCAACCCCCUUACCCGCUCCAUGAAUCCGUCAAGGAUCUAUUGGACCCCGAGUAUGUCGCUUUCUACAACAAACAUGUGAUCAACAACCAGCAGGUUCACCUGCAACCGGUGGCCGCCUCGCGGACGAGCGGGGCGUUGAUCCCUGGCGCUGGUCCGAUGCUCGAGGUGGGAAAGACUCAGGAUCUCGCGGUGCAGAGGCGAGAAACGGAGGGCCCGCCAGUUCCCGUUCGCUGCAUGACGCCCAAGGGCGAAACGCCCGCGGGCGGCUGGCCGGUAAUGCUAUACUUCCAUGGUGGAGGCUGGGUAUUGGGAAACAUUGAUACAGAGAAUGUGGUGUGUUCGAAUCUCUGCGUCCGCGGCAACUGUGUCGUGGUAACGACUGGCGCCCGAAAAUCCAUUCCCGCCGCCGUACACGACUGCUGGGAAGCUUUGCUCUGGCUUGUCUCCGAAGGACCUGCGGCUUUGUCGAUCAACCCGUCAAAGAUCGCCACAGGCGGUUCCUCCGCUGGCGGGAAUCUUGCAGCCAUUAUGACUCACAAAGCGUUGACGCUGUCGCCUCCAAUACGCUUCUCAGCUCAGUUACUCUCGGUCCCCGUCACCGAUAAUGUAGCAACCGUGGAGAACAACGAGUCGUAUCGUCGAUACGAGCACACUCCCGCGUUGCCCGCGGCGAAGAUGAUCUGGUACCGGGACCAUUAUUUGCCAAACCAUGCGGACCGCACCAACCCAGAAGCGAGUCCGCUUUUCUACACGGAUGACUGGUCACAACUGCCGCCCGCGUUGGUUAUGGUGGGCGAGCUUGACGUGUUGCGGACGGAGGGCGAGCAGUACGCCGAAAAGCUAAGAAAGGCCGGGGUGACAGUGGAUCUGCAGGUCAUGAAAGGAAUGCCCCAUCCAUUCCUUGCCAUGGAUGGUGCCCUGUCCGAAGGGAAAAGAUGCAUUACUCUCAUGUGCGAUGCCCUACAGCAGGCAUUUUGGAAGUAA